AUGUCAACUUUUGACAUGGAGGCGUACGACUUUGGCUUCCUUUUGCUACGCACGCUCAACUGUCAACGAAUCCAACCAGCUGCGACCAGUCAAAGCGGCAUAUCAUGCGCCGUCAAAUAUCCAUCCCCGUCCAAACACUUCAUUCUCAGAAUUGUCACCAUCAUGACGCACGGUGUCGGCAUCAUCCUUUGCAUCGAUCUCAAUCAUGCGGCCGGCAACCGCUUUGCCCGACGACAAGUUUUUCCAACGGUACCAGUCUCUUUGCGUCCUUUUGUUUCUAUCAUACACCCGCAACAGCAGGAGGUUCCCUCAUACACAGCUAUACUCAUUACAGCCAUGCGAAAAGGGCAAAUGAUAGAAACGACAUUUAGACAGGAUAGACCCAUAUUGGGUCGCGGAUUCCAGAGGAACACGAGAAGUCGGGACGAGGUCGCGCGGAUACCUCGGGACGACAAGCAGCAGGACAAGCUCAGGAAUAACAGCCACUCCCAGGUCUACUCUACUCCUCUUCCCUUGGCUAACAUCCAUGUCGGCCGCUGCUGGUUGGUCGUCUCACUACCGCACUUUUCUCUCUUGCCACCAGACUGGAUCGAGGGGACAGAAGCCAGUCACCAUAACGUCUACGAUUUUUGGGCCUGCCUACCCCUCCACGCCCUCCUCGCAUGGGCCUGGGAUUCUGCUCGCACGUCCCUUGUCAAGCUCAAAUACCACCUCAGCGAGGCACUCCACGUGCAGACUAAAACUUUGUACGCCCCCGAUGUCUGCACUCUGGACAAUGGCUUGACCCUGUCCAACUAUCGUAUGAGCGCCUACGAACCGUCUCGCCUGGACAAGCCCAUGUCAGCAGCUAUCGUGGACUGUCGCAUAUCUUCGUGGACAAUGUUGCACAACCGCAGACAAUACUCAAUUAGAGUUGUGCUGGCAACGAGUUACUGGUUAAUCGUUUCCGGUGCUAUUGAUGAACGCCACAAGGUUGUCAUCGUGCUAACCUCACAGCCGCAAGGUAAUAUCGCGUGCGGUUCUUCAUUCGAUUUCGGUUUUGGUCGCUGCCGUACUCCGUAUGCUUUCCUCCUCAUUUCCUUUCUUAUCAUCCCCUGCCUGCUUGUGCCCUCUUCUGAUCCCUCGCCGCACAACUUCCCAGCCAAUAUCGGAAGCACACCUCGGCAGCAAGGAUUUUUCUCCAUCAAACAGGCCCACCGAUGGUUAGAACGGGGUCACUUUCGGCUGUUCUUUGCAUUUCGGGAGACCUUCGCCAUUGUCCACACAGGGCAAGUGUCUUGCUCACACCGCCUUUCUGCCUCUUUCAGGCUGCAGAACGAGAGGUUGCUAAUUCGAUCGAAUACGGGUGGAUCUUUUGAUUAUUACUCGGAUUCGAACAAUUCACCGGCAGAAUUCGACCUCGGCCGUCUUCUCCCCAUCGAUAUCUGGUCAGCUCGGUACGGAUAUAGAAGGGAAGGUGUGCACGGCCUCAAGCAAUCGGGAUUCAAUGCCACCGCGAAUCGAAUGGGAGAGCCAUGCAGCAUGCCAAGUGUCAGGCAUCGCGGUCUGCAUAACGCUGCUCUGGAAAGAACAAGUCCCGUGCACCAAAGGGAUCAAUUGAUGGAUAUGGAUCGCCGCAACGAGCAGGUGUCAGCACUCUUUCCAGCAAAGCCAAGAAGCAAGUUUCAAGGCUUGUCUGAGACAUAUGUUCCUGACUACGGAUACCUGACUCCCAACGCUUCGAGGCUUGUGCAGCAGCUAGGGCAGAAGGGACAGGCGCCUCAACCGAUACGUCUCACAUUUUGCUGGACAUUCCGCGAGGCCAGACCAUCAGGGACAUUGCGGUCAGUCCCCCCCGGAGGUGUCGUCGACUUCCUGGCAGCACCCGAUGGUGUCAAGCAGAGUGCAGCCAAUUUCAAGCCCCCAACGCGCAAGGAUGCUUCAUUCCCCCUGGUCGAAUUGGGGUGGGUGGGUUGCGCUGGCUCAGCAGACAGUGACCAAGACAUCAAUUCUGGCACUUGCAACCUGGAUGCUGGGAAAACGGCUUAUUUCACUCGCCGCCAGUUGGCCGAGUAUCACGCAUCCACAGCGGCAAGUGACGACGGUCAAAAGCGGUGCGCGGGCCACGGCCAAGGAGACAUGCGCAUGUGGACAACAAGCAGACAGGCCAUCAAGGGCAUUCCCGCAUGCCUCUCGCUGGUCGACGAAGGGCGAGUUGGCGGUGAAGGGACCACAGAGGAGAGUGGGAAGGCCGAUUUCAAGGAGAAAAGGCUCAAGGCUCCCGGCUCCAGGCUGCAGCCAAUUGAGGCACCUAUCACGAUGGCUCCGCUGUUUACGCCGCGCCUAUCAGCAUCCAUUCCGAGAAACACGGCCGGCAGCGGAGCAAUCCAAGUGGAGGUACGAGGCGAGGAGGCGAAAAGACACUCUGUCGGCCGGCAGCAGUGGGAAAGUCGAUUUGCCCAUCUCCCCAUUUGCCGUGGGCCAAUUUUCCUGGCAAUGGUUCACAUGGACAUGAAGAUCGUCCUCCUGCUUCGGAUCCACUACUUCAGCCGUCCAUCCACGGCCAGACAGAUGUCGAUACUCGAUAGUCUCUCAGUUCAACUUUAUGAUGUAUCAUCGUGCGAAUUCCACGAGGGGGGCAGAUUCCUUUCCGCUAUCCGGCCUGGUCAAGCUGGUCUAGGCGAGCGGCCCAUCGAGCACCGCAUCCCCACAAUCAAACAAUCCCUUGCAGCUAUCGGUGCUGUCUUCGCUGCAAAACGUUCAGUGUAUGGAGAAGAUGUCACCGGACUGGAGGAGGUGCGGCCAGAAACAUUUCAACCCCCGCGAAAACAGCCUUCGAUCAAGUCUACUUGCAGCGAAACUCACGAGUCGAUGAGAGCAUCAAACUCCUCCAACCUGGCUAGGGUUUCUUUCUCUACCAGCUCAUAUGACUACCUCACUAUUGUAACUGGUCGUUCUGCAGAUUGUCUUCUGCAUCAACACCUCGGAACCUGA